AUGGCUGCUUCCAAAAUUAAAGGACGACGCAAUCUGUGGAUUGGUAUCGGAAUCGCCAUUGCCAUUGUGGUUAUUAUUGUCAUUGUGGUGCCAUUGGCAGUUCUCCUGCCUAAAAAGCAUCAUGGCAAGAAGGCUACUAUUCUGUUCCCCCUCUAUAUCUGGCCAGAGACCGACAGUACGUGGGACCCGCUGUACGAGGAAGUGAACAACUACCCCAAUCUCAACUUUACCAUCAUCAUCAAUCCCAGCAGUGGUCCGGGAAACAGCUCGCAGCCUAGCUCGCAGUAUGCACACCAGAUCCAGCGGCUGAAUGCAUACCCAAAUGUGCGGACGGUCGGAUACGUGCGCACAGGGUAUGCCAGCCGGAAUCUGACCACCGUGCUGCAAGAGGUGGGCAUCUACUCCGGCUGGGCAGCGGUAUCGCCAACUCUUGCCAUGCGUGGGAUCUUUUUCGACGAGGUGCCCAGCGAGUAUACGACGUCCGCGGCCGAAUACCUGGCUACGAUCAAUGAAGCGGUCAAGAACGCCUCUGGGCUGAGGCCAGACCGAACGGUGAUCCAUAACCCGGGCGCGAUCCCAGACUCCCGAUAUAGUAACAUUGACGGGACCGAUGUGACAGUUGUCUUUGAACAGUCCUAUCAGGAGUAUCAGACCAAGCAUGCGAGUCUGAUGGCGCUUCCUGCGAACCGGACGGCUUACAGCUACAUGAUCCACUCGGUGCCUUCCAUGAAUAAUGGCACACUCCGCGGUCUGGUCCAGGAUCUAAGCGAGCGCGCGGAAUAUGUGUUUCUCACAACGCUGAGCCAGAAUUUCUACGAGAGCUUUGACCCACAGUUACCCACUUUAUGUGCUGUCAUGCCCAGUUGA